AUGGCUGCUCUAGCGAAGCUCCAGGUCAUCGAAUCCGACCGCCCUGACAGCUACCGAGACAAGGUCGUCUACACGUAUAAACCAUCAGGCGAAGAGCUAUGGGAGAAGGCUCUUGGUGGCAAGAACCUGAGCUUCCAAUUCGGCCUGUUCGACCAAGCCGAGCUGGACAAGGGAGCCCGCUCAGGACCCGUCGGCCCGUCCGAGUACCGCCACUUCGAGCAACAGCUGCAGAUCGCUGGCCUUACGGGGCCGGACUGUCCAAAAGUCCAUCGCGUCCUUGAUCUGGGGUGUGGCUGGGGCUCUAUCUCCCGGUACCUUGCCGAGCGCUUCCCUGAGUGCCAGCGCAUCGACGCCGUCAACAUCAGCCAGAGCCAGCUGGAGUACUUCGCGGCGCGCAUGUCGGACGAUCUCGAGCGGCGCGUCAACCUGUUCCUCUGCAACGCGCAGGAUAUCGACAUGCUGCCCGACCCAGAAGUGCCGUACGAUCUGGUCAUCGUGAGAGGCAUGCUCGCCCACUGCCAAGAUAGCGUGUUCGAAGACGUAGUCGCGAGGAUCUCCGAGCGGCUCGCGCCGACCGGCACUGUGAUCAUCUCGGACAGCUUCUACAAUAAGCUGGAGGGGUACGAGUCGGCCAUCCCCGACGAGGUUGACCGUCUCGCCUGUGGUCACCGCAAGACGCUCGACUACCUUCUCCGAGUCAUGGCGCAGAAAAAGCUGAAGAUGUCGGACCUGCGUCAGCUACCGUCGAAUGCCGAGGCAAUCCACUGGGCGAACAUGGUGCGCCUGAAUGUCGAGCAGCAUUUUCCCGAACCCAGGACGGGCGUCGUCGAUGAGCUGCAUGUCAUGAUGAAGAAUCUCGCGGCCAUACUGGCGGCGGAUAAGUUCUCUGUAUUUAGUAUCAUAGGGCGACCCGUGUGUCCCGGACGCUGA